AUUACUAUUUUUCUUUUCUUUUUCCUUUUUUAACGACUUACCACCAUUUUCUUAAUUAACUUUUAAUCAAUUUCUUUCACGGUCUUGGCUAUUCUGUUGCUUUAACAAAAGAUCAAGAACCAAAAGUUUUGCGAGUGGAAAGAAGUUUUCUUAGGAACAAAAGAAGAAAAAAAAAAUGAGGUCGAAGUGCAUGGUGAUGAUGCCGUUUACAUUACUGCAAUUCGUAUCGGUUGUGGUGUUUGUUUUGGGAGAGAGAAUGAUUACGAAAGGGGAAAAUACGCAGAAAUAUGAAGGCAGUUUCCUUAGCAAAGCUAUGAACUUCUUAUGGCAAUCGGGGGAAUCAGGUUAUCAACACGUUUGGCCAGAGAUAGAAUUUGGAUGGCGAAUUAUUUUAGGAACUAUAAUAGGAUUUUUUGGAGCAGCAUUUGGAAGUGUAGGAGGUGUUGGUGGUGGCGGCAUAUUCGUUCCUAUGCUUAGCCUUGUUAUUGGCUUUGAUGCAAAAUCCUCCACAGCUAUGUCCAAGUGUAAGAUCUCCACCACCGUUUUAUUUUUGCCACUAUAUUAUAUACUAACAGCUUUAUGAUUUAUUUUUUAUCACCGUU